GCAGCGCAGAAAGACUACUUUGAGGGUGAAACUGUCUAUCUACCAGUGUCUGCGCAACUAUAUUUGGAAGCUUUUGUUGGAAGCAUACCACGUGUGUACACCAUAGCGCCAGCAUUACGGGCUGACCACUCGCAAACACGGCAGCAUUUAGCGGAAUUUCGAAUGCUUGAAGCAGAAUACGCUUUCGCAAAGAAUCUGGAGGAACUUUGCGAUUUCGUGGAACAGUACAUCAAUUUUUUGGUAAAUAGAAUGCACAGCUGCGCUGAAUUGGCUGAACAGUUUGGCUCAAUGGCAGAGGUUUUCUGCGAUCAGUUACAUUAUCGCUGA